AUGUCUGAACUUACUGCUCCCGUUCUUCCCGACCACGUCAAGAAACCUAAUGAGGAAGAAUACAAGAAAACUUUAGAACAAGUCAAUGCCAACAUUGAAAAGAUUCAAAAGCAAUUCGCAAGUAUUGCCUUAUUAUUAGAAAAGAUUGCAAAGUUGCCUGGUAAGGAUGAUGGCAAUCGUCGCGAGGAAAUUAAGGCCGAAUUGGCCGAGAUUCGUGAUAAGCAAGCCGAACUCAAAAAGACUCGUAAGGCUGUCUAUGAACAAUUAGAUGCUAUUAACGAUUCUAUUAGAAAGAAGGUCGGUUCUAUCAAGGGUUUCCAAACCAAGAUCCCUUUCAAGACUACCGAAGAAGUUGAUGCUCGUAUCAGUGAACUCGAAAACAAGAUCGAAGCCGGUGUUAGAAUUGUUGAGGAAAAGAAGAUGCUCCAAGAGAUUUCAUUAUUAAAGCGUAACCGUCUCUCUGUUGAAGGUGUUGAUGAUCAACAAAGCGCUAUCAACAACGAAAGAUCUAUUCAUGAUGAACUCAAGAAAAACAUUGAUGAAUCUGAGGCUAAAAAAUUAAGUGACCGUUACGAGCAACUUGAUGCCGAAUUUAAGGAACUUUUCGCUGAUCAAUCCAAGCAACGUGAGAUCCGUAACGGCCUCUAUGAUGAGCGUAACCGUCUCAAGACAUUAUUAGAUGAAGAGUAUACCAAGAUGCGUACUCUCCGUGAUGAACAUCGUAAGAACAAUGAUGAAUACUAUACUUUUGUUCGCCAAUUGAGAGAUUUCAAGAGAGAACAAGAACAACUUCGUAAGGUUCGAGAAGAAAAUGAAAAGCGUCAAGAAGCUGCCAAGCAAGAACUUGAGUUGGCUGCUUUACCCGCUUUUGAAAGUGAGAUCGCUCUUUGCGAUAACCUCGCCAUCUUUUUGGAAGGCUUCGUUUCUUCUGCCAACAAGACUGUUACUGCUGCCGAAGCUCCCGCAGUUGUUGCUCAAGCUUUUGAAGGUAUGGUUAUCAAGAAGAAGGACGAUGAUAUUUUCUUUGCUGGUAACAGCGGUAAGAAGAACAAGCAACAAAAGACCAAAGAUCCCAAGGAAAAGAAGUCUGAUGUACUCAAGUUGCCCCUUGCCACUAUGGAAGCCUUCUUCGAUAUUAAGGUCACCGUACCUACCAAAAUCUCUGAAGUCCCUGCUACUCUUUUAAAGUUGAAGGAACGUAAGGCAUACUACAUUGCUGAACAACCCAAGGUGACUGAAUUAAAUAAGAAGAAUGCCGAAAAGAAGAUUGAGGCCAUGUUGAAGGAGGAAAAGGAAGAAAAGGAGGCCGCUGCCGCUGCCGCUGCUGCUGCUGCCGAGGCACCUAAGGAAACUGCUGUUGUCGCUGAAGAGAAGACCGAGUAA